UCGUGGGCUCUUGCAAGGGACUAAGCCACAGCUUCUUUGGGUGACCCUGCUGCACCUUGUGUCCCUAACUGGGCUCACUCACAGUCACCAUGAGCGAGGCCUUUGACUGUGCAAAAUGCAGCGAGUCUCUGUAUGGCCGCAAAUACAUCCUGACAGACAACGGCCCCUACUGCGUGCCCUGCUACGACACCUUCGCCAACACCUGUGCCAAGUGCCAGCAGCUGAUCGGGCAUGACUCUAGGGAGCUGUUCGACGAAGACCGCCACUUCCACGAGGGCUGCUGCCGCUGCCAGCGCUCCCUGGCUGAUGAGCCCUUCACCUGCCAGGACAGUGAGCUGCUCUGCAAUGACUGCUACUGCAGUGCCUUCUCCUCACAGUGCUCUGCCUGUGGGGAGACCGUCAUGCCGGGGUCCCGGAAGCUGGAAUAUGGAGGCCAGACAUGGCAUGAGCGCUGCUUCCUGUGCAGCGGCUGUGAGCAGCCGCUGGGCUCCCGUUCCUUCGUGCCCGACAAGGGUGCUCACUACUGAGUGCACUGCUAUGAGAACAAGUUUGCUCCUCGCUGUGCCCGCUGCAGCAAGACGCUGACACAGGGUGGCGUGACAUACCGUGAUCAGCCCUGGCAUCGAGAAUGCCUGGUCUGCACCGGGUGCCAGACACCCCUAGCAGGGCAGCAGUUCACCUCCCGGGAUGAAGAUCCCUACUGUGUGGCAUGUUUUGGAGAACUCUUUGCACCCAAGUGCAGCAGCUGCAAGCGCCCCAUCACAGGACUCGGUGGAGGCAAGUACGUGUCCUUUGAAGACCGCCACUGGCACCACAGCUGCUUCGCCUGUGCCCGCUGCUCCACCUCCCUGGUGGGCCAAGGCUUCGUGCCCGAUGGAGACCAAGUGCUGUGCCAGGGCUGCAGCCAGGCAGGGCCCUGAGCCAGGGCUCCUGGGCCCAGGCCCUCCCAACCAGGGCUCAAGGACUAAGGCUCCUUUUCCAAACCACCUCUGGGACCCAAAUUGGAGCUCCUCCCCAAAUUGGGGCUCCCCCUGGGCUCCAGGAUUAAAUCUCCCCACUCCAACAUCCCAAAAACCGGUACUCCUUAUCCCAGGGCCCCUAAACCUGGGCUGUUACAGAGCCUCUAUCAUUCAUAUCCCCUCCCAAGCCUGCACUCCAGAACUCAGCCCUCUCCCCUACAGUCUGGGUUGCCAGACCAAGUCCUCUCCCCAAAUCGGGGCUCUAGACCCCAGCCCUCCAAACUUAGACUCUGGGAACCCAGGCCCCCUUCAAUCUAGACUUGUCAGC